ACAAAACAGAGUCCUCUUUGACUUACCAAAAACAGAGCCUUUCUCUUUGCGGAUCUGAAAUGGCGAUUCCUGUGAUCGAUUUCUCUAAGAUCAAUGGUGAAGAAAGGGAGAAGACACUUUCUGAAAUCGCUAGAGCUUGUGAAGAAUGGGGAUUUUUUCAGUUGGUGAACCAUGGGAUUCCAUUGGAGCUUCUGAAUAAGGUGAAGAAGCUAAGCUCAGAUUGCUACAAAACAGAGAGAGAAGAAGCAUUCAAGACCUCAGCUCCAGUGAAGUUGCUCGACGAAUUGGUUGAGAAAAACUCCGGCGAGAAACUCGAAAACGUUGACUGGGAAGAUGUCUUCACUCUCUUUGACCAAAAUCAAAACGAAUGGCCAUCCAUCCUCAAAGAGACGAUGGGAGAAUACAGAGAGGAAGUGAGGAAGCUAGCGAGCAAGAUGAUGGAAGUGAUGGACGAGAAUUUGGGUUUGCCUAAAGGUUACAUAAAGAAAGCAUUUAACGAAGGAAUGGAAGAUGGAGAAGAGACAGCUUUCUUCGGGACCAAAGUCAGCCAUUACCCACCAUGUCCUCAUCCAGAGCUCGUCAAUGGCCUUCGAGCUCACACUGACGCAGGAGGAGUCGUUUUGCUGUUCCAAGACGAUGAAUACGAUGGCCUUCAAGUCUUGAAAGACGGAGAGUGGAUCGAUGUUCAGCCGCUGCCUAACGCCAUUGUUAUCAACACUGGUGAUCAGAUCGAAGUUCUCAGCAAUGGAAGGUACAAGAGCGCAUGGCACAGGGUGUUGGCGAGGGAGGAGGGAAACCGGAGGUCCAUAGCUUCCUUCUACAAUCCGUCGUACAAGGCGGCCAUUGGCCCAGCGGAGGUGGCGGAAGCGGCAGAGGAAGGCAGUGAGAAGAAGUAUCCAAAGUUUGUGUUUGGAGACUAUAUGGAUGUCUAUGCAAACCAGAAGUUUAUGCCUAAGGAGCCUCGUUUCCUAGCUGUAAAGUCUCUGUAACUGUAAUUGUUUUUUCUACAAUAUAUUAUCACUGUUUUACCUACGUCAUGAUGUAUUUUCUCUCAAGUUAUAAAUGCCAAAUUAAAUAAUUGAUAGUUUGUCAUUUGAUCUUCUUGAUUUUAAGUAUUUUGUAUUCCUUUUUUAUUUUAUUUUUCAUGUGAUGUUUGAAUCUUUGUUUUUACUUAUUUUUGAAACGUUUCAACAAAAUUGGCAUAUACUUAUGUUAGA